AUGAACGAAAAUCUAUUCGCCUCUUUCGCUACCCCAACAAUAAUAGGACUGCCUAUCGUUAUCUUAAUUGUUAUAUUCCCAAGCAUUCUAUUCCCAUCACCCAACCGACUAAUUAAUAACCGCCUGAUCUCACUGCAACAAUGACUAGUACAAUUAACAUCGAAGCAAAUAUUGGCCAUCCACAAUCACAAAGGACAAACCUGAGCCCUAAUACUGAUAUCCCUCAUCUUAUUUAUUGGAUCAACAAACCUAUUAGGCUUACUACCUCACUCAUUCACCCCAACCACCCAAUUAUCAAUAAACUUAGGAAUAGCUAUUCCACUAUGAGCCGGCACUGUAAUUACCGGGUUUCGCCAUAAAACUAAAGCAUCCCUAGCCCACUUUUUACCACAAGGAACACCUAUUCCCCUAAUCCCCAUGCUCGUAAUUAUCGAAACUAUUAGCCUCUUCAUUCAACCUAUGGCCCUAGCCGUACGACUUACAGCUAACAUCACUGCAGGUCACUUACUAAUACACUUAAUUGGAGGGGCCACUUUAGCCUUAAUAAACAUUACAACUUCCGUUGCCUUAAUUACUUUUAUUAUUCUUAUCCUACUAACAAUCCUUGAAUUCGCUGUAGCCCUAAUCCAAGCCUACGUUUUCACCCUACUAGUAAGCCUAUAUCUACAUGAUAAUACCUAA